AUGCGCUGCAAUAACUUUAAGAAUAACACUCCCCUGCAGAACUACUUCAAAUCAUGUGGUGGUUCAGGUCAGGCGCUUUGGACAGCUGGAACAACCUCCGUGCUUCAUACAACGCCGCCCAAGGUGUUCGACGUCGAUUCCUUCUCCAUCACCGUAAUUGCAUUCGGAGAUAUAGAUAUCAAGAUUAAAAUAACCGGGAAGACUUCUUCCGGAGCCGCAAGGGGCCCCUAUGAAUUGAAGAUGAAAGGAGACAUGAGGACCCAGGUUAAGGGUUUGGGAGGGAAGGGAUUUUGGUCAUUGAAAGAGUUCCAAUUGCAGGCGUUUAAGAUGGAUGGGAGUAGUUUGGGUGCUGCAGUGCCGCAAAGGUUGGGAGAUGUGCGUCGAUGA